ACCUCCUUCCUUGUGUACUCAUUGGCUUGCGUAGACGACUAUCUCGCCGGUCGCCCGCCCAGCCGUUCAAAGAAGCCUUUCGCCAGAUCCCUCCUUCCUGUCCACUUGACUCUUCGGAGCCAUCAAUCCGGUUCUGAAGCCGCCCACCGAUUCUGGAACUCCCGCUUCAUUGGGCCUCGGAUCUUCUCGGAUCUCCUCGAUUUGCCCUCCCAGCGCCGGCAGCCCGCAGCCCACUGCCUCGGAAAGCUGUCGAUCUCGCGGCGCCUCCCGCCCACUGCCCCUCGAGGCACUCCGGUUGGCCGCUCGCCUCCAGAGUCCGUGAUUGGUGUUCCGGGAGCAGCAGCCGCCUUCCAUUGGCCCGGCGGCGCCGUCCGUCAAGCCGGCGUCGGGAGGGGGCGUCCCUCUCCCCCCUCGUCGUCUUUCCAGCCGCUGGGUUCCCAGAGUGCUCCGCGGCCGUGUGGAGCGAGGCCUUGUUCCCGCGUUGAGCCGCUGCUGCCGCCGCCGCCUCCUCAGCUUCAGCCUCCGCGCCAGGCCCGGCCCCGCCGCGCCAUGUCGGACUACAGCACGGGAGGACCCCCGCCCGGGCCGCCGCCACCCGCCGGCGGGGGCGGGGGGUCCGGAGGAGCCGGGGGUGCCGGAGGAGGCCCGCCGUCGGGCCCGCCGGGCGCGGGGGACCGGGGCGGCGGCGGUCCAGGCGGCGGCGGCCCGGGCGGAGGGUCAGCUGGGGGCCCCUCGCAGCCGCCUGGCGGCGGUGGCCCGGGAAUCCGCAAGGACGCCUUCGCAGACGCAGUGCAGCGGGCCCGCCAGGUGAGGAGACACCGUGGGGGGUUCAAACCUCACCAUGCGUGGAGACUUCGGCGGAUCCUGGACCAGCAGGGCUGCCCGGGGCUGUACAGAGGCAUGACCCCCACGUUACUGAAGGUGUUGCCAGCAGGUGGCAUCAGCUACGUGGUGUACGAAGCCAUGAAGAAGACCCUGGGCAUAUAA